AUGAACACCACAGAACACCAUGGAUUGCUCCAAGGCAACCAUAACAGGAGCCAAACCUCAGGCAUUUUGCCACUUAACAAAGACUUAUCAGCUGAGGAGCAGGACUCACCAGCAGGAUGCUACGAACAACUGCUGAUUUCCACAGAGGUUUUCCUCACUCUGGGCAUCAUCAGCCUGCUGGAGAACAUCUUGGUUGUCGCUGCUAUAGUCAAAAACAAGAACCUUCACUCCCCAAUGUACUUUUUCAUCUGUAGCCUCGCGGUUGCUGACAUGCUUGUUAGUGUCUCCAAUGCCUCUGAAACUAUUGUUAUAGCUCUGAUCAAUGGGGGCAGCCUAACCAUCCCAGUUACGUUGAUCAAAAACAUGGACAAUGUGUUUGACUCUAUGAUCUGUAGCUCCCUCUUGGCAUCUAUCUGCAGCUUGCUGGCCAUCGCCGUGGAUCGUUACAUCACAAUCUUCUAUGCGCUACGAUACCACAACAUUGUCACCCUGCGAAGAGCAAUGUUGGUCAUCAGCAGCAUCUGGAUGUGCUGCAUUGUUUCCGGCAUCCUGUUUAUCAUCUACUCAGAGAGCACCACUGUGCUCAUCUGUCUCAUCACCAUGUUCUUCACCAUGCUGGUGCUCAUGGCAUCGCUCUACGUUCACAUGUUCCUGCUGGCACGUUUGCACAUGAAGCGGAUCGCAGCGCUGCCGGGCAACGCGCCUAUCCAUCAGCGAGCCAACAUGAAGGGUGCCAUCACCCUCACCAUCCUACUUGGGGUGUUCGUGGUGUGUUGGGCACCCUUUUUCCUCCACCUCAUCCUCAUGAUCACCUGCCCAAGGAACCCCUACUGCACAUGUUUCAUGUCCCACUUCAACAUGUACCUCAUCCUCAUCAUGUGCAACUCUGUCAUUGACCCCAUCAUCUAUGCCUUUCGCAGCCAAGAGAUGAGAAAAACCUUUAAAGAGAUUUUCUGCUGCUCUCAUGCUCUCUUGUGUGUGUAA